AAUUAUAUAAUAAUUAUAUCUUAAAUUAUAAUAUCUUUAUAAUAUCUUUACAUCGACCAGUUCGUUUCUCUCGCGAAACGAGUGCAUAGCCGCGGUAAUUAGUGCGUCCGCGCUUUUAUCGGAGCGCGAACAAAGUAUCCGAAGAAAAAGAAAGUAUCUCAAAGCAUCCUCUCGACCACGUUUUCUGGAAUCGUGAUCAUCGUGCGGUGGCCGUCGAGUGAAAUACGAUUCGAGCGAUUUGUUGCCGCGAAGGGGAUGAUUUGCGGGGGAAUCGAAGGGGAAAGUCGCGGACAUUUCGCGACACCGUGCCGAGUCACGUCACGUCGCGUCACGUCGCGAGCUCUCGAAACGAACGAUGGACGCGUUGCGCCGCGGGAAAAGCGACGAUCGACCGACCGAUGGUCAAUUAGCGGAUAGCAGGAUCUCGAGACACGCGAUUACCGUCAUGCAAAUUCGCGGCAGAGAGCGUCGCGUCGCGUCGCGUCGCGGUCUUCGCGGUCUUCGCGGUCUCGGAGUCGCCGAUGCUCGUCCAGAAGAGCGAUCUACAAGAAAUUUUCGCGGGACGAUAGACAGCCCGGCCAAACGAAAAAUAAAACGGGAAGAGACAGUCGCGUAGUUGCGUUGUCGAGAAAUUGAUUAGGUCAUCCCCGCGGCAACCGGUGGGCAAACACGAAUGAAAUGGAGCGAGCCACCCCUGUGGCUUCGUUUCGAGGGCUCAGUUGCUUGACCGAUUUCCGCCCGGUUUCCGGCCGCGACUUGUCGUCGACGCCGAUCACAAGUCCACGAGGGUGUCGGAUUGCGCCCCAUCGAUUGCUCUUCGACUCCGAAUGCCGAACGUUUAGACGCGAAUCGAACAGCGCCUCGGCGAGCGCUCGACGGCGAACGUGAUUCUUCGCGGCUGUUUCCGCUUUGCAAAUGAAAUCGUUCCUCGCGACCGCUCUGUGCGGCUUCCUCCUGCUUCGGGCCGGGUUUCCGGUUCACGGGAAAGACGACAGCAUCGCCACCGACAAGGAAUCCACCGGCGGAAGUAGGCCUGUCAACCUCUUCAUCGUGAACGACGAGAAGAACACCGUGGCCAACAAGAGCAUCCUAGCCGGGCUGAAGACGCUCAAGGAGAAGUUCCCGGAGUACGUCGGCAAGGUCUGGUCGGUUCAGAUCAACGGGACCAACGUGAACGACACUCUGGACCACAUCUGCGACGCCUGGGACUCCGCGGUGGACGACGGGGAGGACCUCCGAGUCCCGGACGUGAUUCUGGACACGACCAUGGCGGGUCUGAUGGCCAAGAUAGCGAACUCGUUCACGGCCGCGAUGGGGGUCCCCACUCUGUCCGCGCAGUACGGUCAGGAGGGAGACUUGAUCUACUGGAGGAACUUGAACGAGGAUCAAGCGGAGUACUUGAUCCAGGUGAUGCCUCCGGCGGACCUGAUCCCGGAGGCGGUGAAGCAGCUGGCCCUUAGGUUGACGAUCACGAACGCCGCGAUCCUCUACGACGGGAACUUCGUGAUGGACCACAAGUACAAGAGCCUGUUGCUGAACGUGCCGACCAGGCACGUGAUCCACGAGGUGACCAGACGGGAGGCGGACGUGCGGACGCAGCUGUCGAAGCUGAGGGACUUGGACAUCGUUAAUUACUUCGUCCUGAGCGACGCCAGCACCAUGAACGUCGUUCUGGAGGCGGCCGAGUCGCUGAACUUCACCGGCAAGAAGUACGGCUGGUUCCUGCUGACUCCGGAGAGCGACGUCGAGCCGAUGUGCAGCUGCAAGAACAUCACGGUGCUCUUCAUGCGCCCGGAGCUCCGGGACCAGAAGGAGCAGAUCGCCGAAGUUGAUCUGCCGAAGCCGCUCGUCUCGUCCGCUUUCUACUACGAUCUCGUUCAGCUGGCGGUCAAAGCGAUGAAGCUGGCGGUGGACGACGGCGACUGGCCCAAGCUGCCCAAGCACAUCACCUGCGACCGGUACAACAACACCAACACGCCCGAGAGGAAGUUCGACUUCCUGGCGAAGCUCGAGGCCGCCUACGCGGACACGACGCCCACUUACGCCGGCAUCCAUUGGGGAACCAAGAACGGCAAGCAUCAUGCCAAGUUCGAGAUGUCCAUCCACCUGGUGAACAUCGAGGACGGAGAGGUUUUGCCGAUGAUCGAUAGCGGAUCCUGGAAUGUCAGCCUCUCGAUGCCCUUGCAGAUUACGAACGAGAGGGUGAUGAACGCGACCGCGGUGAAGAGCUACAGGGUGGUCACGGUGAUCUACCCUCCCUUCGUGAUGUUCGACAAGCAGAAGAACGAGUACUACGGCUUCUGUAUCGACUUGCUGAACGAGAUCAAGGAGAUGGUGGGUUUCCAUUACGAGAUCCGCGAGACGGAGGACGGGUUGUUCGGUAACCUGAACCAGGACAACAGUUGGAGCGGCAUGAUGAAGGAGCUGAUCACGAAAAGGGCGGACAUAGCGCUGAGCGCUUUGUGGGUGACGGCGGAACGCGAGAGGAUCGUCGAUUUCACGGUGCCGUUCUACGACCUGGUCGGUCUGUCCAUCAUGAUGCUGAAGACGAAGACGACCACGUCGCUCUUCAAGUUCCUCACCGUGCUCGAGAGCGAGGUCUGGUUUUGCAUACUGGCAGCCUACCUGUUCACCAGCGUGCUGCUCUGGAUGUUCGACAGGUGGUCGCCGUACAGCUACCAGAACAACCGCGAGAAGUACAGGAACGACGACGAGAAGAGGGAGUUCAACCUGAGGGAGUGCUUCUGGUUUUGCAUGACCUCCCUGACGCCUCAGGGCGGCGGAGAAGCGCCGAAGAACCUGUCCGGCAGGCUCGUGGCCGCGACGUGGUGGCUCUUCGGGUUCAUCAUAAUCGCCUCCUACACUGCGAAUCUGGCCGCGUUCCUCACGGUUUCGAGGCUCGAGAUACCGAUCGAGACGCUGGAGGAUCUCAGCAAACAGUACAAGAUCCAGUACGCGCCGACCAUAAACUCGUCGGCUUAUAUCUAUUUCAAAAGGAUGGCCAACAUCGAAUUGAAGUUUUACGAAAUCUGGAGGGAGAUGAGCCUGAACGACAGCCUGUCCGACCUGGACAGAGCGAAUCUGGCGGUUUGGGACUACCCGGUCAGCGACAAAUACACGAAGAUGUUGCAAGCGAUGGAGGAAGCCGGUUUCCCGGCCUCCGUAGAGGAGGCAUUGCAGCGCGUUCGACGUCAGAAUUCGAACAACGAGUUCGCUUACAUAGAGGACUCGACGAUCAUUAAGUACCUCACCAUGACGAACUGCGAUCUGAUCCAAGUGGGCGAGGAUUUCUCGAGGAAACCGUUCGCGAUCGCUGUUCAGCAGGGAUCGCCGUUGAAAGAUCAGUUCAACAACGCGAUUCUGCAACUGCUGAACAAGAGGAAGCUGGAGAAGCUGAAGGACAAGUGGUGGAAGAAGAACCCGGCGAGGAAGGACUGCGACGCGGAGAACAGCCAAAGCGACGGGAUUAGCAUCCACAAUAUCGGAGGCGUGUUCGUGGUCAUAUUUCUCGGGAUUAUCUUCGCCUGCCUAACGCUGAUCUUCGAAUACUGGUACUAUCGACGCCGCGCGAAGAUCACUAAGAUCGAUCGGAUCAGCCCGCCCAAGGGCAAAGUCACGAAAGUGAAACCGCUUAGGUUCCAAUUACAGCCUCCGCCCGCGCACGGCUUCCAGGCCGCGCAGUUCCGAGCCAGAUUCUAAAGAGAUCUCUAUACCGUUUCGCAAAACAAUGUACAUAACUUUGUAUUUCCCUGAGUUCGCCAACUUCCGGAACUAUGAUUAUUGGAUAAAAAAAUAUUGAAUAAAAUGGGCGAAACGAUCGUGUUACGAAGA